AUGCCGGGUUUGGCAAUCUCGCCGGAGAACCUCCCGGUCCCUGGCCGGGACACGUACUAUUGGCUCGGUGAAAUCAACAAGGCCAGCGCCGUCAUCAACUCUUCAGAAGGUCUCCUGGAACAAGAUGCAGCCCGUCGCAUCAGCCGUGGACUCCAGAAACUUUUAGACUCGGGCGACGAACCCGGCGCGCCGCGUCCUAGCCUUGUCAUCACCUUCGAACCUCUCCUUAUCGAAGCAGCGGGUGUUGAGGCAACUCUUCUGCACGCCGGCCGUUCAAGUCAGGACAUGCUUGCUACGGUCUGCACGGCAAUUCUUCGCGAUGCAGUCUUGAAGUUGGCUGCACAGCUUCACACGACAACAACUCGCCUCCUUGAGAUGGCGGAAACCCAUGCCUCGACUCUAGUACCGAACUACACCAACGGUGUCGCAGCCCAACCCAACUCAUACGGCCACUACUUGCUGGGUCACAUUGCAGGCCUUCAUCGCGACGCGGAGAGACUACGACAAUUUUACGCCAGAUUGGACCGAUGUCCGAUGGGCACGACCGUGCUGAACGGCACAAGUUGGCCUCUCAAUCGGGAACGCAUGGCCAAGUAUCUCGGCUUUACGCAAGUAGUCGACAACGCCUACGAUGCAGCGCAAAUCACCAUGGCUGAGAUGCCAGUUGAGCUUGGAGGCAUUGCCUCUCAAAUUGCUCUUCACACUGGCGCCUACAUCCAGGACGUCAUGAAUCAAUACGCUCAGCCGAAGCCAUGGAUUCUUCUUCAAGAGGGGGGUGAGAACACGUAUGUCUCAAGUGCUAUGCCACAGAAGAGAAACCCAGGCCUACUUAACAACACCCGAUCCGAUGCAUCUCAUAUUAUCACUUUGGGAGUUGGUCGUGCCAUACAGGGACAUAACCUUCCUCCUGGCUACGGUGACGCAAAAGACCUAGGCCACAAUCUGGAUGUCAUCAACGGUACCACAAAGAUUCUCGCACAAUGGCAAAGGAUUCUCAACGCACUUGUCAUUGACGGUGAACGAUCUCUGAAAGAGCUAGAUCUUGACUGGACCGCCUCUCAAGAGUUGGCCGAUUUUCUAAUGCGGAAGCACAAAGUACCGUUUCGUGUCGGGCACCACUUUGCUUCAGAGACUGUCAGAUACGCCAAGGCGGAAGAUUUGUCCCCGAGCAACUUCCCUUAUGCGGAAGCUUCCAGGAUAUUCAAAGAAACCUUGAAGCACACUGGCCUUGAAGAGGGAUCAUAUCAGUUUCUGAGUGAGGCAGAGUUCCAAGAAGCGCUUGACCCGGCUGGAAUCAUCAAGCAUAGAGCCACCUCGGGGGGUCCGCAGCCCAAGGAGAUGGAACGCAUGAUUGGUAAAUCGAAGCAGACACUACAAAAGCUUGAAAGCUGGAUCAUAGAGCAGCAAUCUCAUAUCGUGAGCUCUCUGCAGGAGUUGGAUGGAGCAUUUCAAGAGUUGCUUGCGUAA